AUGCUGUGCAGAAUAUGUGUCCGUCUGCUUCGCGGCGGACUGGGCCCGAAAUGGAAUGGGACAUACGACCCUAUCUUCCGACACCAUACCAGCACAGAAACGCUCCGGAAAUCUCAAGAGGCAGGCUGCACCAUAUGCGAUGCGCUCGCAAGCGAACUGCAGAGCGAAAUCAGUCUGUCUCAAAAUCAAGAUAUUUACCUCAACGCUCAUCUCUCGCAAUUCAGGGGCAGGCAGUGGGAGGAUGCUGAGUAUCGCCUUGAUUUCGAGCUGGACAAGAAACGCAUCAGAACUUUUGUGCUGCGCCCCACAGGCACGUACAUCUUCUUCAUGCCAAGUAAAGCUUCUGACACCCAGUUGCGAGCAGGUUCACAGGAUGUCUACUUGAGGACGCCUACAUCCUCUCAUACUUCGUCGGAUGAGGUCUUCGAGCUGGCGCAUGAUUGGAUUUCCGAGUGUAGAUGCGCAAGCUCUUGGCAAAAUACUGAAAAUAAGUGGUACCCAAGACGCCUCCUUGACAUCCAGGAGCUGAGGGGUGAAGGGAUCGAAUUGCGCGAAUUCACCGAGACUUUCCGGAAUGCGUUGCUUUUUGCCAGUCGCCUCGACAGGGUCGGCUACGUCUGGAUAGAUUCGCUUUGCAUCAUUCAGCCGAUUCUCGGUCAGCCUGAUUAUAAUCGAGUCGCCGAACUGGACUGGCUGGAACAGUCUCAGAAAAUGGGCGAUAUCUAUCGCGAGUCGUACCUAAACAUUUCCGCGACGGCGGCUGUGGAUGGAGAGAAAGGACUGUUCUUCCCUCGUCAGCCUGAUCGCCUUUGGGAAGACGAGAUCAACCUCAACGUCGGUGCACUCUUAGGUCCACAGGGCGGACAGGGAAGAUCGCCGUUGACCUCGCCGUUGACCUCGCCGUUGACCUCGCCUUUGACCUCUCGAUUCGAAGACGAGUAUCCUCCAGCCAAGCACCGAAAAUUGGAUGAAUCUGUAAACAACCUUUUGAGACGUUGUAUAAUCCUUGACGCCAGUAGCUGGCAAGACUUGGUCGACGACGCUCCAAUCAACCAGAGAGCAUGGGUGUUUCAAGAGAGGUUUUUGACCCCACGAGUUCUCCACUUUUGCGCAGACCGAAUUGCUUGGGAAUGCGCUGAGUUUGAUCGGGCUGAAGGUCAACCAGAGGGUGUCCCGGUCUACAUGAUGAGGUCAGCAGAAGUCGUAUACAGUGGCGGAUUCAAGAGAUCAAUGAACCCCGAAGUGGAUGGCAAAGCUGUGCGCGAGUCUCGUCUGAGGGGGCUUGCGGAUCCAGAUGAGGGCUUGCCAAAUCUUUACGUUUAUGAGCUUUGGAAGCGCAUCGUGGAACAAUAUUCAAGAUCCAAGCUUACCAUGUCGAGGGAUAGGCUGAUUGCACUCUCUGGUAUUGCAAGACUGUUUCACGAUCAGCACCUUAAAGGCGUGCAGUACGUUGCGGGAAUAUGGAACCAAUAUCUUGAAAGCCAGCUCUUAUGGCGUGUCGAGCCAGUGUUCAAGAAUGGUGCAUUUCAGAAUCAUUCAACGCGCGAUCCAACAUGUGCGCCGUCAUUUUCCUGGGCAUCCAUCAACGCCCCCCAGGGCAUUGUAUAUGGGGAGGCUACAAAUUACAGCGAAGGCGUCAAAGAUCUUCUUUUCCAGGUCAUCGAAUUCUAUCUGCCAUACGUAGAGACCGGCAAAACGGACGCGGAUGCGUUUAGUCUAAUCAAGAACGAGAACAACGCCGGGUACAUCAAGCUCACAGCACAACAUCUUCACAAGAUCACGCUUCGAAAGCUCGAGCCUCAUCGUAGGGUUCCCUAUGGCUGGUGGCUGGAUGGAGGGACCCUGGAUCCGCCAUCCAAUCAGACGAAAAAAGAGCUUACCAACGUAUGCCUCGACGCUCCAGAUUCCGAUGUAGAUAUCUUUUCUGAGACAGCAGAGAUUUACUGCAUGCCCGCCGCGUAUGGAGAGCGGACUGUUAAGAGAACAUCGCGUUACCUGAUGUGUCUCUUAUUGCAAAGAUUGGAUGAUGGGCCCAACUUCAAGCGGAUCGGAAUGGCAAAGCUUUCAAGCUAUGCAGAUAAGAUGGCACAGAAAGACCUUCUGGCAAAGAACCAGGAGCCACAGGAUAUAUUCAUAAGAUAA